AUGAAGGCACUGCAGUCAAGCAAGAGAUCCCUUCAGCGCCACCUGCUGCCCCAGAGCACAGCCAAGAGGCCACGACGGUCCAACAGCCUGCCGCGGCGCACGAGCACGGGGAAGAGCAAACGGCGGAAGCACCGCGACAGGUUGAGGGACCUCCUCGACGGCGGCUACUGGCGACCAAGGCCCGCGCCCACCUUCGACACAGCCGAAGGAGGCGAGCCCGAACUGCAAGAGCGAGCAGAGGCCGAGGCCGAGGGGAACGAUCGGGACGAGCCGACGAUCGUUCGCGAACAGAAGAGGCAGAGGAGGGAGGAGAAGGGCAAAGAGCGAGUGAAAGAGAGCCAAGACAGCCGCGAUGUCACCACGGAGGUGAAUGCUGCCCUACCUGCGACAGUCGGGGCCAGCACCGGGCCAGAGGCCGAGCUGUCCGAGAUCGACAGCCUGGACGACACCAGCGACAGCGAUACCGAUCGCGGACGCUCGCAGUCCACGCAUGCGACAACGAGUGGAGAGAAGGUCGCGGUCAAGGACAUUGACGGCGGGCUCGAUGGCGACUACUGGAAGACAGUGAGCAAGAGGCGAAAGGCCAAGGGCGACUUCCACGAUUGGAGCGUUUUCGCCCCCGAUAACGAAGAAAGCGAGAGGGACACUGAGUUCGUUCCUGGAAUGCCCGUGUACACGCGCGAGGACAUGGAAAUCAGUGAAGGGAGCUCGGACUGGAGCGACCCCGACGACUACAUCACUGUCCGAAGUGACGCGGCGAUGCUGCCUGGCGGAGAAGCCGAUGCAGAGGGCGAGGAGGAAAGCUUUGACGAAGCCGAAGACGACGGUGACGCGGAUGGGGAGAGCAGGGGAGAAGGAGGAGGCCAAGCGCAAUUCAGCGCUCGGAAGGCAGCGACCGACAAGCGCAAAGCCGUCAAGCUCAAGAUCCGCACCAUCGGCGGCGUUCGCGGUAUCGACUUCUUUUGCCGUAGCAGCAUCCAAGUGUGGUCCGCGGACAAAGUUCGAGCGUGGGUGCAGCGGUACCAGAAUCCAAACGGAUACUACUACCGCCUCACGGACCCUGGGCUAGUGCAACGACAAGGAGCGUUCACGAUAGAGGAGAAGCAGGCGUUCUUACGUCGCUACGAGGAGUUUGGCAGUAACGAUUGGCGCGUGGGCGCCAACUGGGGCGUGUUUGCUCUCGCUGCCGGCCUUGAGAAUCGUGUGGGCUACCAGUGCAGCUCCCACUACAGGCGGCUUCUGGAGGAGGGAGAGUUGGACGAUCCCUCCUACGAAAAGGAUCCGAUCACAGGCAAGGUCAAGCAAACCUACACUAUCAUUGGCGGCCGGGACAUCGACCAGGGUCUCAACGCCCUCCGCGAAGUGUGGAACACGCCAGAGCUGCAACGGCUCGAGGAGAAGGUCGACGCGCUGGUGUGCCACUACCACCCCACACUCUACGCCAAAUAUCAAAACUCGGCUUAUUCCAAGAGCUCGAACUUCACGGUGAAGCCUCAGCCGGAGAGUGGAAUGGAGUGA